AUGUCAACAAAGCAUCCAGAGUCCUUCCGUGGUGACAAGCUUGUCCUGCCCAAAUCGCUGGGGAUCCUGGCAGGAAAUCCACUUAAUGUACACACGCUUCAGCCCUCGAGACCCCCGGGGAGCCGGGAAAUCACGGCGGAACCGCACCGCCACCGGGCGGGAGAGCGGGACCCGCAGCCCCCCCCAGACGCAUCUCGGCACCGCCGCUCCGCUUUUCUUUAUGUUAUUUUUCUCCUCCUUUUUCCCUGUUUUCCCCCGAUUUUCCCCAGUGCUUUUUGCCCUCCCGUGAACUUCGGAAGCUCCGGGGACAUCGCCGGGCCCUGCAGGAUCUGCACCAUCUCCUCCGUUCUGUACCUGCACACCCGGGAAAUGCAGAACCCAGGGCAGAACCAAGGCGUGGCUGAUGUGUGGUCCAAAGGCGUGCGGGAGAGGAGGGAGAGAUUAAAGAAUGGCACCUUGGCUGCGUUCGAUGCACUGGAUGACAGCCUGACCAGCCUCAUGUGGCUCCCGGACUUCUCCAUCACCAGUGCCAGCGUGGGCAAGUCCUCCUGCUGCCUCACUGGGCCGGACCACCAUGACUCUCAGAAGAUCCCCAGCUUUGCUGCCCCGUGCUCACCCCUGGCCGCUGACCUGGCGUGCAUGGGCAUGUCCCACACCCCCUGCAAGCCCAUCUCUUCGUCCACCUCCAGGACAGCACACACCACCAUAGCCUUGAACCCCCAGUUCAGGGAGGACAUCGACUUCAAGACCAACCCACAGGUCAAGCCGCCCUAUUCCUACGCCACCCUCAUCUGCAUGGCAAUGGAAGCCAGUGGGAAACCCAAGAUCACCCUGGCUGACAUCUACAAGUGGAUCACUGAAAAUUUCUGCUACUUCAGACAUGCUGAUCCCACCUGGCAGAACUCCAUCCGGCACAACCUCUCCCUGAACAAGUGCUUCAUCAAGGUGCCUCGGGAGAAGGGGGAACCAGGGAAAGGGGGGUUUUGGAAGCUGGACCCCCAGUACGCCGACCGGCUCAAGCACAGCGCCUUCAAGAAGCGGAAAGUGCCCCCGGUGCAGAUCCACCCCGCCUUCACCAAAACCACCCAGCAGGAUCCACCCUGUACCCCCAGCUCAUCCCCUUCGGUCUGCACCUCCAGGAACAUCCCCAACACCCACACGGAGUCACAGCAGCUGCUGAAGGAGGUUGAGGAACUCACCAAGAGCCAGAGCAUGAAUCCAGGGGGUGCUGAAGUGGGGUGCAAGCGCAAGAAGCCCCUGCCCAACCAAACGGCCAAGGUAGCUCGUGUGUGCAGCUCUCCCUUGCUGACCCAGGAGGAGCAGACGGAGCUGGGGUCCCUCAAAGGUGACUUUGACUGGUCAGCCAUCUUUAAUGCCAACAUCAGUGAAACCUUACCAGCUUUUGAAACUCUGGAGCUGCCACCUCCAAUCGGCCCCAUUACAGCUGAUGUGGACUUGGAGGCACAGGGCCCCAUCGACUGUCCCCAGGGGCAGGAGCAGGCCCUCACUACAUAUAACCAACCCAGCCCAGAACUGGAUGAAGCCUUUCUGGCUGCAGCUUUCUUGGACAACCCCUGGGAUGAAGGCACAAACGACUGCCUCUCCAACUGUGUCAGCAUCAACCAGGUCUUUGAAGCCUGUGACGCUUCUCUGCCAGCAGAGGAGGGCGAAUGCAGCAGCCUCACAACCCUUCUAUGA